AUGCCCAGUGACAACGAGGGGCAAUCAUGUCCCUCUGAAGCCACCCCUCUCCUGCGCAAGAAUUCGGUCCAUCGGAAAACGAGUUAUCACGAUGUCUCGUAUUCUGCAACGGAUGUUGAAUCAGUCUGCUCAUACAGAGAUACAGAAGAAGAAGAAGCCAACGUUCGCUGUAUAUCCAGUGCAAGCUCUGCCGAAGGACUCGAUGUUGGUCCGGCUUCUGGGGCUGGCUCGCCCAACCAACAGCCGAACAUCUCAACCCAAGAUGGGGAGGAUUACGCCUCGAGAUUCAUUGAUAUAUCACCGACAAGGUUUUGGAUCAUCUUUAGUGGUAUCAUGAUGGGCUACCUGAUCGGCUUCUUUGACUCAACGCUCAUGGCUUCAAGCCAUCCAGUCAUCACCUCCUACUUCGAAGCAGCCAACUCAGCCUCCUGGUUAUCGACGGCCUUUUUGUUGACAUCGACCGCAUUUAUGCCGCUCUUGGGACGCAUCUCUGACGCAUUUGGCCGAAAGCAUGUCUAUCUCUUCUCUAUCGCCAUGUUCUUCCUCACGACAGCAGGCUGUGGCUUAGCGCAAAGUAUCGGCAGUUUCAUCGCUGCCCGCGCGCUGUGUGGGCUUGGUGCGGGUGGUAUCUUCUCCAUUGGUCAGAUCAUCUCUAGUGACUUGGUACGUCUCGAGUAUCGCGGUGUCUACCAAUCAUACAUCAAUCUGUGUCUCGGCAUCGGCGGUAGCCUCGGCCUUGCCUUUGGGGGUUACCUGUGUGAUCAUAUCGGCUGGCGGGGUGCGUUUCUCAUCCAACUGCCUUUCAUCUUCGUUUACUUUAUAGCAGCCGCUUGGACAGUCCCGGCAGAUCUCGGCAUUAAACAAACUGGAAUGGAGCGCAUGAAAGUCUGGCAGUUAGUCCGGAGCAUCGAUAUACUGGGAUCAAUCAUCUUGAUUAUAUGUGUGACUCUGUUGAUCAUGGGUCUGAACUUCGGAGGCAAUGUCUAUCCUUGGAGCCAUCCACUCAUUAUCAUCUCCCUGGUGUCAUCGUUAGUCCUAGCGGUUAUCUUGGUACGUUACGAGCUGCACGUUCCACGACCCGUGCUACCAAUUGAGCUCAUGGCAACGGAUCCUCGAGCUAGUAUCAUCUUUGGCAAUUUCUUUGCCUCCAUGUCUGUACACACCAUGCUGUUCAAUGCUCCGCUGUAUUUUCAGGCGGUGAAGCUGACCAGCCCAACUGCUUCUGGGCUACGCCUUGUGGCCUCCUCCAUAGCUGUGACUAUCUCUAGCGUGAGCACCGGGUUCAUGAUUAACUGGACCAGACGUCUCAAACCUUAUGUCAUCAUCGGUGUAUGUUGUAUGGUGAUAGGUGGAUGUGCAGCUGCAUCCAUGGGGAUUGACACCUCUCAACCACUCUCCAUGAUCUGCAUCUCAUUCUCCAGUCUAGGUCAGGGCUUCGCAUUUCCCAGCUUGAUGGUAUCUAUCCUCGCCACGAGCGAGAAACAAGAUCAGGCCGUCGCAACAACCACUCUGGGGCUGUGGAGAAACCUUGGCGCCGUGAUGGGUGUGGCUGUCAGCAGCUGGAUCUUUCAGAACAGUCUCAUAUACCAGCUUAACAAAAAUGUUACUGGUUUUGAGAAGAACCAUAUCAUUGCACUUGUCCGCAAAUCUGUUGAUACUAUCGCUCACUUGGAUCCAAUCCAUCGGCGAGAAGUCACUCUAUCAUAUUCCGCCGCUCUUCAACUGACCUUCAUAUCUGCCGCCUUAUGGGCAGUCAUUGUGUUAAUAUUGUUGGGUCGAGUCCGACUACCGCGGUUGGGGAGAAAGGCCUAG